AUGACAAUAACUCCUCCUCCUUCUGAUACUGAGCAAUUAUUAGGAAAUAAUAGAAUUAGAGCUGUAGCUAUGAGUGCUACAGAUGGUCUAAAUAGAGGAAUGGAAGUGAUUGACACGGGAGUUGCUCUAAGUGUUCCAGUCGGUGGAGCAACCCUAGGUCGAAUUUUCAACGUGCUUGGAGAGCCUAUUGAUAAUUUGGGAAUUAAAGUAGUCGAUCUUUUAGCUCCUUAUCGCCGUGGCGGAAAAAUAGGACUUUUCGGUGGAGCUGGGGUAGGUAAAACAGUUCUCAUUAUGGAAUUGAUCAAUAACAUUGCCAAAGCUCAUGGAGGUGUAUCCGUAUUUGGCGGAGUAGGUGAGCGUACUCGUGAGGGAAAUGAUCUUUAUAUGGAAAUGAAAGAAUCCGGAGUAAUUAAUGAAAAAAAUAUUGCGGAAUCAAAAGUAGCUCUAGUCUACGGUCAAAUGAAUGAACCGCCCGGAGCUCGACGUCCUUCUAUUUAUCGACAAUAUCUUCCGUUUUGUCCAAGCCGGAUCCGAAGUAUCCGCCUAUUGGGCCGAAUGCCUUCCGCUGUGGGUUAUCAACCCACCCUGGGUACUGAAAUGGGUACUUUACAAGAAAGAAUUACUUCUACCAAAGAAGGGUCUAUAACUUCUAUUCAAGCAGUUUAUGUACCUGCAGACGAUUUGACUGAUCCUGCUCCUGCCACGACAUUUGCACAUUUGGAUGCAACUACUGUACUAUCAAGAGGAUUAGCUGCCAAAGGUAUCUAUCCAGCUGUAGAUCCUUUAGAUUCAACGUCAACCAUGCUCCAACCUCGCAUCGUCGGUGAAGAACAUUAUGAAAACUGCGCAAAGAGUGAAACAAACGUUACAACCUACUGCGAAGGCUACGAACUUAACUUAGAAAUGGAGAACAAAUUCAAGAAAUGA